AUUUCAGCACCUGAGCAAACACCAUCACUUUCCUGCUGCACACAGCACAAAUCUUCCAUUUCCAGAGCGAGCUCGCCCAUUUUGUGUGACGGGUCCCGUAUGUCUGACCCACUAACACAUUUCUGUUUAUCAGGCGGCGUUACGUCACGCCAGUGGGCGGAGUCUAGUCGUUCAAAACACAGCCUGUCUUCAAAUCCUCCCAGAUUUUUUUUACGCUUCCCACCUUUUUUUUUUUUUUAAUUUAUUUUGCUCUCAUUUUGCAACCACCCGCAGCUUUUUCGGUACUCGGCGCCUUUUUUUACUUUUUAAAAAUUGUAUCUGCUCUUCGUAUAUAAUGCGGUGGAUCUCCGACCUUUCCGACCUGCUUUUUCUUCCGAGAUUGACUUCACGAACAGCAUCAUCCUCUGUUGUUUGUUUUCUGGAUGCUUUCGAUGGAUAUGGAUUGAUUUAAAAGCCGUAUAAAUGCACCUGCCGUCGGAGAGACACUCGGCUUUUAAAAUCGCAGAGGUGUGUGUGCCCUGGGUGCAGCCUGGCCUGUGCUGUGGAUGUGAUGAAGAACCCAGGAGCUGCGGAGAGCCGUCGGCUGGACGGCCUGCUGGAGGCCGCUCUGGUCCGAGAGGCUCGCCUCUGGAAGGUACCAGUCUUCAAAAAUGGAUGCAUCCAGGGUGCUGACAUCUCUUCAUCCCAACACCAAGAAAUGAUCCUUUGGCUUGGAGAAAUGAACAGGCUGUUUCAUUUCUGUCCAGAGACCUUUGCACUGGGAGUGUGUGUCCUCAACCGUCUGCUGUCUACUGUGAAGGCUCAAACAAAGUACCUGAAAUGCAUUGCUUUUACCUCACUGCUUCUGGCUGCCAAAAUCAACGAGGAAGAUGAGGUUAUAGGCUCUGUUAAAGACCUGGUUGUGCAGAGUGGAUGCAACUUUUCAACAGCGGAGAUUCUUCGCAUGGAGAGGAUCAUUCUAGACAAGCUGCACUGGGACUUGUACACCGCAACACCCAUCGACUUCAUUCACAUAUUCCACGCCAUCCUCGUCUCCGGCCACCCCCACCUCAUUCCGUCCAUCGGUCUCGGAUCCGGUGUCGGCUGGUACCCUGCAACAGACCCCGGUGUCCUCCCCGUUGGGCUGGGGAAUCAGAAGAGACCUCCCGGCCUCCAGGUGGCGUUGUGGACCAGGCAGGUGCAACACUGUAUGGCUUGCCACCAGCUUUGGCAGUUCAAGGGCUCCACAUUGGCUUUGGCCAUCAUCACUUUGGAGCUGGAGGCACUCACACCCGACUGGUUCUCCGUGUUAACGGAUCUGCUGAAGAAAGCACAAGUUGACAGUGCGGAGUUCAUCCACUGCAAAGAGGUGGUGGACGAGUACCUGCACAGCCUGGAGUUCUCCCUGACGACCAACGCCGUCUACAUUUUCGACAGCACUCAGAUCCAGGAAGAAGAGCGAGCCCAAAGCCCCACGCGGCACUUACAAGAGUCCAGGAGGGGCCGGGGCGAUGGAGAGCAGGGGGACUCGGACGAGUAUUACGACGGAUUCGGAAAUCUGUAUAACGAGGAAGCGACUCCCGGGGCAGAGGGGAGCGAUCGCGACGGUUCGUUUGAGCAGGAGGACAUCUCGUCGUGCCCGCCACUGCACCCUGCCGUCAACUAGGAGGACAUUUUAUUCACACCGUCCACCUUUCGUCCAUAAGGACAUCGUGGGACCCAGAUGCUCCUCGCUAACCAUAACAUUUCAAGAUAAAUUUUUUUUUUUUUUUUAUUAUUAUGUUUUUUCCAAAAAGAGUUGGCUAAUGUAAAAUUUAGUAUUACUUUAGUCUCGUCUUUGCACUUGUCCUUACUGACUCUGAAGGUGUCAGGAUUUUUUUUUUUUUUUUUUGUCUUAUUCUGAUUUUGUGGCUUGUUCUUGGCAGCUGAGCUGAAGCUGUGGGGAAUCACUUACGUUACCAAAAUUAGAUUUGAAUGUUUCUCUUUAGUGCAAAGUUGCUGUUCUACCUGUAAAGGCCUCCUUCCCCUUACUUUACAACCUACCUUUGGUUCACAUCAACCCCAGAUUUUUUUUUUUUUUUUUUUUUUUUUUUUUUUUUUUUUUUUGAAGGCCUGUUUAUUUGCUUCUUUUCCAAGUUUGACAGUGUGCCCACAUGUAGUUGGAGGUAACCCGGUGCUCAUGCCCCCCCCUUCCCCGAGCCACACAGCACUUUGAUAUUUAAAAAAAAAAAAGAAGAAAAAAAAAAACUUUUCCUUUUUUUAUACAAAUAAUUAUAUAUUUUUAACCUCUUUUUAUUAUUUUAAUCUUAACUCUACUAAAGUUUUCCAGUUUUGUUAAAUGUUUAUUUACCCUUUUAUUUAGAAAAGUUACAUUUUUACUUAAAAGCUUUAUUUCAUGACUUAAUUAUGCAAAUGGUUUUUAUUAAAUUAAGUUUCAGCCUGAGUUGGUUUAAAUUAUGCAGCUGUUACAUAUCAUAGCCGAGCACCUUUGGGAGAUUGAUUCAACACUAGAGCAGAAUAAUAAAAACAAUGGUGAUUUUUUUGACAGCAUGAGAUUAUCUGGUUGAUGAUGCAGCAUCAGUGAUAAAUUAGCAAUAUUUUUUUUAAUUAUGUACUGUAUGAUAAUCUGAGGUUGACCUAUGGGAUUAUUCUUUCCUCUGAUUUGUAAACUGAUGAAGGCUGAUGGAUGGAAACGCAGUGUCUCUUGAGGAACUUUACCUCCACCGCUCUACCAAUGCUGGAGAGACUGAUCUUUGAUUUUAUUUUUUUUGUUUAGGUGGCUCAAAUUGUGUUCAGUCUCAGUAACAUGAUCUCUAAUGUGAACUAGUUAUUUUCUCAUUUGUAAAGUCUGCUUUGACUCAUCAAGUCGAUCUGGACCAAGCCACACAUAUUCCUUCAGAUACUGAGGCAGCUAUAUCUUAUUGUUUUGUCUACCAUAGAAAUAAAGCUAUGAUUUCAAAAAAUAAA